AUGGUUCGAUUCUGGAGAGAACAUAAAACACCGGACGGAUCGAAAUAUUAUUAUAACAUCAAGACUAAACAAACAACAAGAGAGCGGCCUGUGGAUUUUACAGAUCAAGAAGUGGAAAAGAAGAAAACAAGGUUGCAGGAAAAUCGACAAUCUGUUGUUUUCAGUUUGGAUGUUAUAAAUGGGUGGAAACUUAUUUUAUGCCAAGAUGGAUCGAGACAUUACAGACACGAUAGGAAUGAAAAACUUUUGGACGACGUUGAUGACGAAACCUGUAAAGAGCUAUUGGCACAAUUGGAUCAAGGAAAAUUGAACCAAUUGAGCGAGGCCGCUAAAAGUAGGUAUAAUAACAGUGGAUCACGCCUGUAUGAGGAAAUCGUGGAUGCUAUAGCCAAGAUAAGAAACGGGCCGGAAGAAGCCGCCGAAGGAGCCGCCGAGGAAGGCACUGAGGAAUCUGAUUUUCCCAGCUUGGAGUCACAAUCGAGUGCGGAAGAAGAUAACUUGAUUGCCGGCUACGGCACUUCAGAUGACGAAAGUGACGACAGGGACGACACCGAUGACGAUGUCAACAACAACGGCAACGAUCAAGCUGGCACUGAUGCUAUUUCAGGAUCUGAGAACUUUAAGAAACUGUUCGAGUCGUAUUCGCUGGAUCCGUUUUCGACGUGGAAAUUACAAUCCCGAAAGAUUCAAGACGAUCCCAACUUUUACACAGUCCACAAAGACUCGUCAAGAGAACAGAUUUUUGAGGAAUGGUGCGCUGACCAAUGCAAGGGUGCAGAGAACAGCGUGGACGCCGUUGGGGAAAGCAGUAUUGAAUCGGAAUCAGAGCUGGACUCUGAUACGCUGGAACCUACGAAAUACCAUUACUUGUCACACAUAAUAUCCAAAUCUGCUAUAGGGCCCACGACUUUGGCCAAAGACAUCAGAGGCGAGCAGAAAGGACUUUUCAAGCAGUAUAAGAUUAAAGACACUCUCAAUGGGAAAGCUCAAGAAGCUUUCAUAUCAAAACUCCUUUUCUAUUACAAGAAACUGGAUGACAGUCAACGAGUAGAUAUUUUUGAGAAGUUCCUGCAUAUCAAGACCAAGAUCAUCAAACGCGGUCUUAGAAAUUGCGAGAAAUUGCGUGAAAUUUUAAGCAGCAGCUUGCCUGAAGAAGCGUUUGCCAUCGAGACGCAACUGUUGGAAAUGGAGGAUUGCAUAGACAUUCACGGCAUAAAUCGGUCAUUGCAAGAGGAUGUACAGUACUACGUUUUGGGUUUGAAACCCAAGACAACUGCAAUGAGGGCAUGGUUUAGCAAAGAAUUGGAUGUAUCGUCAUGA